AUGGGGAGCCCAGCGCUGGGAGCAGCGCAGUGAGCAGCGGCGGCGGCCGGUGAGUCCCGGUGAGUACCGCGGCAUGGGGCUCCGCAAGAAGAACGCCAGGAACCCCCCGGUGUUGAGCCACGAAUUCAUUGUCCAGAACCACGCGGACAUGGUCUCCUGCGUGGGCAUGUUCUUCGUGCUGGGGCUCAUGUUCGAGGGCACGGCCGAGAUGUCGAUUGUGUUCCUCACGCUGCAGCACGGAGUCGUUGUCCCCGCGGAAGAGCUGCCUUCGGGGUCCAGGACCCUGUACCAUUAUGGGGUCAAAGAUCUGGCCACUGUGUUCUUCUACAUGCUGGUGGCCAUCAUCAUCCACGCCACCAUUCAGGAGUAUGUGCUGGAUAAGAUCAGCAAGAGACUGCAGCUCACCAAAGGCAAACAGAACAAACUGAACGAGGCCGGGCAGCUCAGUGUGUUCUACAUAGUGUCCGGUGUCUGGGGCAUGGUCAUUCUGGCCUCUGAGAACUGCCUGUCCGACCCCACUCUGCUGUGGAAGUCUCAUCCGCACAACAUGAUGACAUUCCAGAUGAAGUUUUUCUACAUCUCGCAGUUGGCUUACUGGUUCCACGGUUUCCCCGAGCUCUACUUCCAGAAGGUCAGGAAGCAAGACCUCCCCGGCCAGCUCAUCUUCAUCGGCCUCCACCUCUUCCACAUUGGGGGCGCCUACCUCCUGUACCUGAACCACCUGGGCCUACUGCUGCUGCUGCUGCACUACUCGGUCGAGCUCCUCUCCAACAUAUGCAGCCUGCUCUACUUUGGGGACGAGCGGUACCAGAAAGGGUUGUCCCUGUGGCCCGUCGUGUUCAUAUCAGGGAGGCUGGUGACACUGAUUGUCUCCGUGGUCACAGUAGGGCUUCACUUGGCUGGGUCGCAGAAUCGCAACGCUAACGCCCUGUCCGGGAACGUCAAUGUGCUGGCAGCUAAAAUCGCCGUCCUGUCCUCGAGUUGCAGUAUCCAGGUGUACAUAACAUGGACCUUGACGACAGUCUGGCUUCAGAGGUGGUUAGAAGACGCGAGCCUUCACGCCGCGGGGCGCAGACGAAGACCCAGGUCGCGAAAAGGCACAGAAAAUGGAGUGGAGAAUCCAAAUAAAAUCGAUUCUCCACCAAAGAAGAAAGAGAAAGCUCCGUAGGGAGUUGCAAGCUGAUCGAUUCUUACCUCCAAGGCAGUCCACUCCCUUACUACGUGGUGUCUCUGUGCUAGAGAUUUUCUGUUCUUCAGAACGGGUUGUGCUCUUUGAAUAUUGCUAUUGUAUUGUCUAACGUGUUUUAAAGGUCUUUCAGCCUUAUGAGUGGGGAAAAAACUAAGACUGAGCCACUCAUCUUCUAAAUAAUGGCAGAAGAGUUAACAGACCAACAUCAUGUUUAGUUUAGACCCUUACCUCGCGGAUUUCCCAAAUGUUCUGUGAAGAUGACUGCAGACUUGUGUGCAUAAGUAAUGCAGUAUCCUGCUUCCAAUGUGUUCUUUAUGGCGUUAACAGGAUUGGUGGAAAAGUCCUUUUUCUGAAUGUUCUCUUGCAGGAUAAAGUGGAAAAUUUGAUGAAGGUGGAACUCAACUCAGCAUUAUGUGAUUGUUGGGAAUUUCUGAUUGUUUUAAAUUUACAACAAAAUAUUUGUCAAACCAACAGGAUAAUCGUGUGUUGAAUUUUAUAAGUAGUGGUUGUUAGUGCUAAACCCCCAUUAAAGUAUCAAAAUACGAAUAAAUGACAUGUGCGGUGAUACUGACAUCUACUGAAUCAAAGUACCUUUAAUAAAUAUGACGGAUUAAUGAAGAGGUUAACUUGUUCCUGUCUGUUU